AUUUGAUCUUGACUACAUAAGAUAAAGUAUCUUAUAUUUGGGCGUCACUGAAAUCGAACUUCAGUGUUUAGUUGAUAUCAUUGUUUGCUAAAAUGCAGGUGUUAGUCGGAAUAAUAUUCCUAUUAGUAAGCCUAUCUAGCUGCGUAUUAUCAGUGCCAGUACCUGAUACUGCAGAUUCAGCGAGAAUAGUGAAUGGCUAUGAAGUAGAUAUAACUGAAGUGCCGUAUCAAGCAGCUAUUAAGAAGAAAGUUUUGUCAGGAUGGGCUCAUAUGUGUGGUGCAGUUGUGGUCAGCUCUAGAGGUAUACUGACUGCUGCCCAUUGCGCUGUAUCCUACGUCUCACAGCCUUCGGAUAUUCGAGUCACUGUGGGAACCUCUCAUCGUGUUUCUGGAGGCAAGAACUACGAUGUGUCAGUUGUCUACGUCCACGAACAGUACUCCUCAACGACUCUGGAGCACGACAUAGCGUUGUUAGGAACUGCUAAAUACAUUGAAUUUGGUCAGACUGUGUCUCCGGUAAAUAUUGCCUCCCAGCAUUUUGUUCUGCCAAUCGGAACUGGUGCUGUGGUAUCCGGAUUUGGAACUACUUCGUAUGAGGGCCCAACAUCAGAUGUGCUACGUGCGACACGCGUCAGCAUCAUCGCUCAAUCAGUGUGCACUCGCGCAUACCUGCGUAUCGCGGCUAUUGGAUCAGGGAUGGUCUGCGCCAGUGGAGUCGACCCUGCCCGGGACGCCUGUCAAGGUGACUCCGGCGGCCCACUGGUGGUCGGAAGCCACGUAGUAGGGAUUGUCUCCUGGGGCGAAGGAUGCGCGAACCCCAGCUACCCUGGCGUGUACACUAGAGUCUCUGAAUAUAGCUCAUGGAUAGGGCAAAGGAUAAGUCUUCUGUAUUGAUGCUGGUAAUUUAUGAUCUGAUGUUAUGUUAGAAAUUUAAGAAACUCUGUGGUUACCGAGAAAUAUGUAACUGUUGGAGGUAUUUUUCAUCCACCCCACCAACCUAUGUUUAUAUAUUUUUCUAUAUUUUGGAGGUCGCUUACAAAGCUGGAUGUCGUAACCAGUUUUUCUUCAGGGAGUUACUGCCUUUCUGUCCUCCAUAAUAAAAUAAUAAGGAGUAUGGCAUACAAUGAUCACCGUAUUUUUUGGAAACCAGAGAGA